AUGAACUCCUCUUCUGAUGAAGGCAAGACGAGUCAGGGGCUUGGAUCCCGAGUUCUUUUGGACAAGGUGGACAAGCUUCGCGAAUUGGGUAUAUCCCAUCUCGUGCCUCUGCCUCAGAUUGUCGUGGUUGGAGACCAUGGUGCAGGCAAAUCCAGCGUUCUUGAGUCUUUGACAGGAUUCCAGUUCCCUCGUUCAGCCACUCCAUGUACUCGGCAUGCCACCGAGAUUGUUUGCCGACGGGAGCCUGCUGAGAGUGUCGUGGUAUCUAUUAUCCCGCACAAUCCGUCUCCUGAGCGAGAGAAGCUCGUCAGAGAAUUCCGCCGAUCGACGGAUAAGAUCACUUCAGACGACUUCCUCAAAAUUUUCGAGGACGCUGCCAUAGCCAUGGACAUCAAAAUUUCAGGCGAAGAUGGCAACAGAGGCAGUGCAUUUAGCCUCGACAUCCUCAAGGUUGAAAUCAACCAUCCCAAUGCUGCCCACCUUACUGUCAUCGACGUUCCCGGCAUGUUCGAGACAACAAGAACCAUCAUUCUCACCGUUGUCCCUUGCAAUAGCGAUGUUGCCAACCAAAAUAUCCUUCGGCUUGCUGCUGAGGUUGAUUCCAACGGAGAGCGAAUCUUAGGAGUGCUGACCAAGCCCGAUCUUGCCAUCGAGAAUGCCACAAAAGCCGUUGUUUGUGAUCACGUAAAGGACAAAAGAGGAGAUUUGCAUUUGGGCUACUGCGUUGUCAAAAGUCCUGGUGCUGAUGACAAGUCUGGUACUAUGAAUAAACGCCAAAGCCAAGAGCAGGCUCUAUUUGGGGAAGCACCGUGGAAUACUCUGCCUACGAACAGGCUAGUCAUACCGGCUCUCCGCAUUCGUCUCGAACAGCUGUUGAUGAAUCACACUCGCGCAGAAUUCCUAUUGGUGAAGGAUGAGAUCAGGUCAAGUCUCAAGAAGCGUGAGGAGCUUCUUAAGGACCUGGGCGAGUCUCGAAGCACCACUGACCAGCAGCGGGCAUAUGUUGGCAAGAUUGCCUCGGAAUUCAUGAGAAUUACACACUAUGGAUUAGAUGCGUACUAUAGGCGCCAUAGUAUUUUUGAAGAUGCUGAGAUGAGACUCAUUACACGAAUUCGAAGCAUCAACGAAGCAUUUGCCCAUGUCAUCGUUGUCUGCAGCGAUAACGACAACGACAGCGACAACGACAGCGACAACGACAGCGGUACUGAUAGCUCCAUAUCGGCCAAGGGCGAUGAAGUUGACCGAUCCUCGUUAUACGAUGAUGAAGUUCAUUUUGAAAUUCCGAAACUCCACGAGGGAGACUUGCGCGGGAUCGUGUCGGGUCCCUACCGGUGCCCCGAGCCAGAGACGGACAGGGUUCUUCUUCAUAUGUCGGCGGAUCAGCUGAAUUCGAUUGCUGCAGAGGAUCAGGCAGUGAAGGAGAAGAGAGAGAGGCAUUGACCAGGGAGAUUGAGGCUCUGAGACGAGUGC